AUUUCCGACUUCAAGAUGGGCGGCACGUCCAAGCGCAACUUCAAGACGUUCCGCGAGCUCUGUGGAGAGAGCUCGCUCAAAAACGUUAUUAUUGUGACCAGCAUGUGGUCCGAGGUGAACCCCAAAAUUGGCGAGGCUAGAGAGUCCGAGCUCGCGAGCAGGGACGAAUUCUUCAAACCUAUUAUCGAGAAGGGAGCUCGCAUGCUCCGUUACUACGGUACCCUCGAAUCUGCACAUACCACUCUCCGUCAUCUCCUCAAUAGCCGCUCAGUGCCACUCGCCAUUCAGCAGGAAAUUGUUGAUGAGCAGAAGCCCAUCGAGACAACCGCCGCAGGUUCUGAGCUCAGGCGCGCCCUCAACGAGCAAGCUGAUCGCAACAAAGAGGAGAUCCGUAAUCUCAGAGCAGAGAUGGAAGCCGCUAUGCGGGCCAAGCAUGAAGAGAGGAGGGGGGAGCUUCAGAGAACUAUCGAGAAAAAGCAGCAGGAAUGUGAGCGCCUCGAGCAAAAUUCUCGACGCAUGGCAGCUGAGUUCGCUGCUGAACUCGCACGCCUCGAGGCUCGAAUCGCGCAGAUGGACGAUGAGCACCAGAAGCAACUCCAGGCGCUGGAGGGCCUUCAGGGCGAUGUAGCCACAGUGCAGAUUGAGACACGAAAGCAAGAGGAUGCUGCAGCUGCCAAGAAAGUCGAAGAAAACACCCAGUCGCGUAUUAUAGAGCAACAAAGGUUAGCCGAGCAGUGUGAGGAAGAGGAACAACGGAAGCUAGUUCCUCCGCCGGCAGAGCAAAGCUCAAAGUCAGGCAAUGGAUAAGGACUACGAACGAAUAGGAUCUGACGCUGGAGUGCCAGAGACCAAAGCAAGCUUCCCCAGUAGUUCAGCGCCCAAGGAUUCUACACCUCCUUGCAUUGUGCCUCCCUCUCCAUCCGUGCACUGGCAGCACUUGACCCGGCCAGAUGUUCCAGUGCCAAUUUUGAUGGUCGGGACCGCCGUUGCCGCCGCAGUCAUCACAACGGUGAUGCUGGCGCCGAGUUUGACAGUGCUGUCGGCUACUGCUGCAAUAAAAUUGUCUGCGUAUGUAAGGGACUUGAAGCAACGCCUAGGGUACUUUUAAUCAAUUGAACAAUAUACGUUCUGAAC